AUGAUUAGACGCCCACCAACAAUCAUCACCUUGGGAGACGAAGAGCUCCAAUAUCACCUGCACCGCAUCUUUCUACGCACACUAUCUGCUGAUUUUGACCAUUUGUGCCUAGAUGAUCAUGACAAUGAAUAUCAAGGCCACACUGGUGAUACGCGACCCGAUUCUUCCCCUCCCAGUUCCACACCAUCUCCUAGCGACUCAGAACAGGAGGUGAAUGUCAAUCCAAACCGUGAUGAACCCCGCGGGUCAUCUUGCAUAGGAAAUCGUUCUGAGCCAAGCCUCUUCGUCAUGGCCCCGACAAGCCCAUCAGAAAAAUCUGUUUCUUUGAUAGUUGCCAAGUCGGCCCACCCAACAGUGGACACCAGCAAAGACUCCAUUACGCCUCGGCUGGCCUCUUGUCUGUUACCAUAUUCACAAGACCAGGAACAGGAGCAGCAGCCGCGCCGUAGAGUAACUUGGGCCGCUUUGCCGCACGAUCAUCAGAAAGUCAAAGGCACCAUCCGUCAUCCGCUUGGGAACGAAGAGAACCGCCCACAAUCCCUCUGCCCGGAUGCAUGGACCACAACUAAUGAUGCUGAGCAUUCGCGGCUUCCCACUAGCCAGAUUUCCCGCGAAUCACCCGCUGCCUUGCCGGAGAUGACUAUCGACAUUGUUCCACCACCCCGGGACCUAAUCUUAGUUUCUACACGGUUUGACGAGGUCGGUGUGGCCACUGUUACGGUGGAUACCUAG